ACAAUUCCUAUAACAAAAUCUUUAUUUAUACACAAUAAUUAAGGUUUUGUGUGUUUAUUUCGUAGUAUUAUAUUUUUCGUUGUUGUUUUAAAUAUUAGUGGUAUAAAUACGAGGCACAGGGAACCAUGGAAUCUGCCAAUGUAGGAUAUUCGUAUCAUUUGCCGUCUGGCGGGUGGAAUUAUAAGAUUCGCAACACAUUGUCGCAGUUUAGUGAUCUGUUUAGCGAAUUUAAUAAAUACAUCGCGCCAGCAUAUCACCACGACCGAUGUGAACGGUCAGUCCAAAUGAGAAUAUAUUCGAUGCACAAAGGGGAGUUUGUGAUGGUUUUUAUAGCAUUUUUUGCUUGCUUCGGGUUAGGUGUGUUCAUAGGAUUAGCAGGGCCGUCACCAACGUCCACCACGUCGGUAGCCGCUUCCACGCUACUGACAAACGCCAGCAAUAUACACCAGGGCCCGUUCCAUUUGCACAGUCCCGCGCUUGGCACGCGCGUGCAGCAACUGUGGCUGUUGGCAGAAAUACUAACCAAUAACAAUGACGAGGAGAUAUUUGAUAAGAGUUUUCAAAUAAGUAUAUCAAUAGAUGGAAUACUAAGUGAUCAUACAGCCGUUAAUCUCAUACCAGAGAGUUCCGCAACAAAUCGAACUCAACACCUAAAGUGUAAAGAGCAAGUGUGCGACGAAGUGAUGAUCCUGCACUUAGGUUCCCUCGUGUAUACACACUACGUACUGAAUAUAAGAUUUUAUGGACUCAAGGAGUUCCACAAACGAUAUUAUAUAAAAGAAAUUAUAUUCUAUUUUAUUUUUAUAUAACAUUAUAAUCCAGGUUUCACACAAAUGGAAACUUGGUUCAGAUUUAUUUUUCUACUGACGACCUUCACAAUUGCUUGUUGGUUCGCACAUUCAUUAAGAAAAUACUCUACCCACGACUGGGCGAUAGAACAAAAGUGGCUUUCUAUAUUGUUGCCGCUACUUUUAUUAUAUAACGAUCCUAUAUUUCCUUUACGGCUGGUUUCCGGGAGCUGCUUCGCACCACUCAUGGACACUGUCUUCCAGACUCUGUUCUUGGCGUGCGUGAUGCUGUCUUGGCUGGCACAGUACCAUGGUCUGAGACAGAAUGAAAGAGGUUUUCUAUCGUUUUAUUUAUCAAAACUAAUAGUCGUUGGCAUGGUGUGGAUGCCCGCCAUGGUUGUCACAGUAUGGCAAAAGUAUUACGCAUUCGAUGACCCAACGUUCAACUACAACAUGAAUCCCAACUAUCCUUUUGUGAAAAUCAUGUUCUUCAGUGCAAUUACGCUUUACUUUUUAUAUUUAUUGAUCCUCAUUAUCAAAGCCUACAGUGACUUGAGGAAUAUGCCGUUUUUUGAUAUAAGACUUCGCUGUCUAUCGAUCGUAGUGGGCACUGUUACGCUUAUAACGAUGCUAUUGGCCAUACAAGGCUGGGGUCCCGCAGCGCUACAGGACCACUGGGCUUCGCAACCAAAGGUCCACUACGACACGUCCGCUCCGUUCAUGGCCCUUUAUGGCCUGUUCAACUUUAAGAUGUACAUACUGGCCUAUCUAUUCUCUCCUGGCGGGGGUUCUAUACAUGAAACAGCCAUAACCAAAGACAAUCCCGCGUUUUCCAUGAUCAAUGAUUCGGAUGAGGAAGUUAUUUAUGGUUCCGAUGAGGAAAGUCGCCGCCCCCUCAACUCUCACCACAGAAUGAACAAUGAAGACAUAUGA